AGGGCCAGACAAUGGAGGAUUAUAUCAAGAUCGAGAAAAUUGGUGAAGGUACAUAUGGAGUUGUCUACAAAGGCAGACACAAAAAGUCAAACAGAACUGUUGCAUUAAAGAAAAUCCGUCUGGAGAGUGAAGAGGAAGGUGUUCCCUCCACAGCAAUCAGAGAAAUAUCAUUAUUGAAAGAAUUACAGCAUCCCAAUAUUGUCGGGCUAGAAGAUGUCCUUAUGCAGGAGAACAAGCUCUUUCUUGUGUUUGAGUUUCUGUCGAUGGACCUGAAACGCUACAUGGACUCCAUACCGUCUGGCCAAUUUAUGGAUAAAAUGUUAGUCAAGAGUUACCUGUACCAGAUUAUGCAAGGUAUACUGUUUUGUCAUCAGCGGCGAGUAUUACACCGCGACCUAAAACCACAGAAUCUUCUCAUCGAUAACAAGGGAAUUAUCAAAUUGGCAGACUUUGGCCUGGCAAGGGCUUUCGGUAUCCCUGUCAGAGUCUACACACAUGAGGUUGUGACCCUGUGGUAUCGUGCUCCAGAAAUCUUGCUUGGUUGUCAGAGAUAUUCUACCCCUGUUGAUAUCUGGAGUAUAGGUUGUAUAUUCGCUGAAAUGAUCACGAAGCGACCACUGUUUCAUGGAGAUUCUGAAAUUGAUCAACUUUUCCGGAUAUUCAGAACACUGACCACACCCACUGAAGAAGACUGGCCAGGAGUGACAAACAUGCCAGAUUACAAACCCACAUUUCCAAACUGGAGAACGAAUCAGCUGGCCUCAGCGGUCAAACAACUGGACAAUACUGGUCUGGAUAUCUUACAGCAAAUGUUGAUUUAUGAUCCAGCGUACAGAAUCUCUGCAAAGAGGGCGCUCAAUCAUUCCUACUUUGCUAACUUGGACAAAUCUGGACUUCCAGCCAAUCUCACGACACCAGCAUUUUGAUCUCUAGUCACAAACAUGACAUCAAUUAUCUUGAACUCAAAUUUGCCUUAAAAUUGGCUUCAAAAUGAGGAAAAACAGGUUCUUGGUUUACUGAAGUAGACAUUUAGAUUAAACGUUGCUUUUUCAUAUACCUUUCUAUUCAAUAUUGUUGAAAAUUUAUAGUUUUAAUUGGAUUGCUA